GGCUCUUUCAUCCUGCGAUCCCGCCGUCUCUAUUGCCACCCACUCACUCCCAACAGUGCUCCUUCACUCUUUCAACUAUACUUACAAACUUUAAUAAACGAGACCUUUUUCUCACAACUUCAACUUUCUCAAAGCGCGCGCAUUACCACCAAACCUCAAACUACCCCCGCAAACGUCCACCCCAAACUCUCACUCACAAUGUCCUCCCAGAAAUACGAACCCCCCCAAAGCCCACCUCCAGGCUACAUUCAAGCCCCACCCGCCGCCUACCACGACCCCAACUACAGCGGCUCCCCCGCGCCGCAACAAGGAUACUACCAGUCGCCUCCACCAGGGAACGCAGACUACUACGGCGGCCAACCACAAUACGGGCCACCGCAGGGACCGUACGGGCCGCAGUACGGGCAGCAGUACCCUCCACCACAAGGCAUGUAUUACCAACAAGGGCCGCCGGGGGGUUAUUACGAUGAUCGGGGAAGAGGGCACAAGUUUUGGCCACAGCCCGACGAGUUCCUGCACGAACACUUUCUUCUCCCCGAAAACCACCCUCUGCAUCCUGUCCGCGGCGCCUGGCGGCCGUUCGAGUUUGGGCCACGCAAUUGUCUCGGCCAGACGCUAUCGAUGCUAGAUCUCAGGGUCACGCUGUUGAUGGUGGUGGGGAGUGGCAACAGUUAG